CGAGAUCUGCAACAUGGCCUCUCAAUCACCACCAGCACCAUGGAAGCAACACCCCCCAUGAGCUUUAGUCUCCUGGGAUCCGCUGCGCCCGUUCUUGCGCCCAGAGUCGGCAAACUCGCUCUUCCGGCUCGCAAGGCAAUCGCGACGCCGCAUCAUGUCCCGCUCACUUCGCGGGGCACUGUACCCCAUAUUGCGCACGACGUGAUGCGCGACCAUACAGCGAUUAACAGUCUUUAUGCUGGAUUGGAAGACUUCAUCGAGAAAAAGAGCCCUGCUGUUUAUAAAAUGCCCGCCGCGGCGCACGAGUCACCAUUGAAGAAAUUCAUUUGUGUGGCAGAAGACAUGCCUUUGAUCCUCGGACCACGCCGAUUUCCCGCUAUUCCAUGCCCGCCUGCAAACACGUCAACCUCCAUCGCACUGUUGACAUCUGUUGGGUUCAAACAACUUCCCUCGUCGGAAUACGUAGAAGCAGUGCGAAAACUGAGACCAGAUAUCAUAGUUGGAAUGGCUGAUUUGGCCAACAAGGAGCCCGGAAAUAAGAGACGGGCGAGGAUGGUAGACCGAACGCAUGCAUGGACUCAAGAAGCAUUGGAGAAACUCUACGGGGAGCAUGUCCCAGAAGAUCAGAAGUCGAAGGCCGCAUUCUUCGCGCCAGUCUUACCACUCGACAAUGCGCAGCAAUCGCUGUAUCUGGAGGAUCUUGAAAGCGAGUUCCGAUGGGAUAUCUCCGGUCUGGCGCUAUAUCACUCUGCUUCAUUGGAAUUCGUCCCAGAGACGUUAUCAAAUCUGCCUCGGCUGCUGUUCAGUGAACCUGAUACCCCGCAUAGCAUCCUGCGAGAUAUUUCGCUUGGAGCAGAUCUUCUGACCACACCGUUUGUAGGUGAGUGUUCGGACGCUGGGAUCGUGCUUGAAUUCACUUUCCCGGCUCCAGCUCCGGAAGAAGGCAGCUCUGAACUUCGACCCUUUGGUCUUGACAUGUGGUCUUCUCAGCAUACUACCGACACAUCGUCGCUGAGCAAGGGAUGUCAGUGCUAUGCUUGCAAGAACUACCACCGCGCCUAUGUACAUCACCUACUGAUGGCUAAAGAAAUGACUGCGUGGGCACUUAUUCAGAUGCACAACUUCCAUGUGAUGGAUCUCUUCUUUGCUGGAGUUCGAGAUAGUAUUCAGCGCGGCACCUAUGAGGAUGAUGUAUAUGCAUUCAAUCGCAUUUAUGCCUCCUCGAUGCCAGAAAGCACCGGAAAGGGUCCCAGAUUGCGUGGAUACCAAACCCAAGUCAACGGACCUACCCAAUCUCUUCGCAUGCCCAAAGCGUAUGGCCAGCUCGAUCAAGCCAAGUUGAAGUUUACCGAAUCGCAGAUUGCGACACCAGAUACCGACGCAAGCGGGCUAGAAGAGCAUGGGUUUGCCAAGAAGGCUUGA